CACUUCCUUUCCCUCCUCCUAUCUCUCUUUAUUUCUCACUUUCCCCUUAUCUCUCUUUCACGGUUAGUUAUUCUAAACACACACACUGUGGACGCUCUUCUUUUCUUGUGUGUGUUUGAACCUGUGUUAUGUGCACACAUUCGCCCUCCACCUCUCCUUCUUCUCUCCUCAUUCUCAGGUCUGUGCAGGUGUGUGUGUGCAGGAAUGCAGGAGCAGUGUGUGUGUGUGUGUGUGUGAUGGAGGAGGAGUGAAAGGACGAACAAAAGGGGAAGUGGAGGAAGGGAGUCACCUUCAGCCCACCUGAGAGCUCUGCUUUGGGAGGACGGAUUUAAAACCACUCACACACACAGCUGAUCCGAUCCUGCCAUUUCACUCCACACACUCACACACUCACACACACUCACACACACUCGGUGAAGAUUAGAGGUAGAGUGUAAAGGCAGGAGGAGAAACACAACCUGCUCUAGAAACUCAUAACUCUGAGAUCAAAGACACUUUGCACCUUUUUCACUUUUUAAAAUAUUUUUUUAUAUUUUUGCAUUUUUUUGUUUGCUCCACUUUGUGGAAGUGUGUGAGAGAGAGGAAGGGAUUUUACCUCUGUGUGUGUUUGUGUGUGUAUACACACUUGGACUUUGAUACUUGGACUGGGAGACUCAGUAUUAUACAGGUCAAAGAUGGGAAGAUGGGCGUGGCACCUCAGUGUGGUAUUUCUCUCUCUCACCCUGAUUGGUCAUCAUGAUGUCAGUGCCAAUCGCUGCGCUGCGAGUAAAGCCACCAGCUGCUCUGUGUGUCUGCAGACCGGAUUCGGCUGCGCAUAUUGUCCUGAUGAGGUGUUUAUGUUUGAUCGCUGUGACCUGCUGGAGAACCUGAAAUCUCACGGCUGUCGUCAGAUCAUAUCAGUGAAGAGCUCCAAGGUCAAACUGCAGAACAAUAUGAUUAAUAAAGCCAUAAAAUACUCCCAAGUGGCUCCUCAGAAGAUGAGGAUGACUAUGUUACCCGGUGAGGAGCAAUAUGUGGAGAUGGAGGUGUUUGAGCCACAGCGUGGUCCACUCGACCUCUACAUCCUCAUGGACUUCUCCAACUCCAUGUCUGAUGAUCUGGACAACCUCAAGAAGAUGGGCGACCAGCUAGCUAAGUUGGUUGAGACGCUCUCUGAUGACUACACAAUUGGAUUCGGCAAAUUUGUUGAUAAAGUCACUGAACCACAGACAGACAUGAGACCAUCAAAGUUGAAGGAGCCGUGGCCGAACAGUACCCCACCCUUCUCCUUCCAGCACGUCAUCACCCUCACCAGUAACAUCAGCAACUUCAGACGGAUCCUGCAGGGUCAGAAAAUAUCUGGCAACCUGGAUGCUCCUGAGGGGGGAUUCGACGCCAUCCUGCAGGCUGCUGUGUGUCAGUCUGAGAUCGGAUGGAGGCAGCACAGCACCCAUCUCCUGGUCUUCUCCACCGAGUCGGCGUUUCAUUAUGAAGCGGACGGCAUGAACGUGUUGGCAGGAAUUUUACCACGAAAUGAUGAGAAGUGUCACCUGAACAAUACGGGUCUGUACACGUACGCCACGCAGCAGGAUUACCCGUCAGUCCCCACGCUGGUACGACAGCUUGUCCAGAAAAACAUCAUCCCGAUCUUUGCCAUCACCAACCACUCGCUCUCCUACUACGAGAAACUGGUUCAUUAUUUCCCCAUCGCUGAGCUCGGAGUGCUGACAGACGAUUCGUCCAACAUCCUCAACAUUAUCAAGAACGCCUUCGAAAGUAUCCGUUCAAAGAUCAGCAUCCAGGCUGAGACAAAACUCAAAGCCAUCAGUACUCAGAUCCUCUCAGUGACCGGCGCCACGUCAGCUUACGGAAACUUCCGCAUUACACCGGGAGAAAUUGGAAAAUUUAAAGUGCAUCUGAACGCUCAGACAAAAGUGAACAACAAACCUGUGUGCAGCCUGGACACCAGCGACCGUGAGGGGACGAUCACUGUCAAACCCACCACAUUUAGCUCCGGCCUCGAGAUACAAACCUCCGUUCUCUGUGAAACCUGCGACUGUGAACGGACUCCAAUAGUGAAAGCGGCUCGGUGCAAUGGGAAUGGAGACCUGGUGUGUGGAACCUGCCGCUGUUACAAUAAAUGGUUGGGUCCGUUCUGUAACUGCUCGUCUCAGCUGUCCUCAGACACGAGUGGAUGUGUAUCUCUGGAGCAGAAGGAGCCGUGCAGUGGGAGAGGAGCCUGUCUGUGUGGAACGUGUGUCUGUUACGACCCCAAUCAGUACGAAGGACCGUUCUGUCAGUACGACAGAUCACAGUGUGAAAGAUCAGGAGGAUUCCUGUGUAACGAUCGAGGCCGGUGCUAUAUGGGGAAGUGUGUGUGUGAUAGUGGAUGGACAGGAAAGGCGUGUGAGUGUCCUCUCAGUAAUGCAACCUGCCUGGACAACAAAGGGGGUGUGUGUAAUGGUCAUGGUGUGUGUAAAUGUGGACGCUGUGAGUGUGAAUACUCUGGACUGGAGCUGGGAGCAACAUGUGAACCAAACUUCCAGGCUCAGUUGGGGAUGUGUGAGAGCAGGAGGAGUUGUGUACAGUGUCUGGCCUGGAAGACUGGAGAGAUAAAAGGAAACAAGUGCAACAGCUGUACAUUUAACAUCACGAUGGUGGACGAGCUGAAGGACAGAAAUAAAGUGAUAGAGACGUGCGAGUAUCGUGAUGAAGAAGAUGACUGUACGUAUUACUACACGGUGAAUUAUCCUCCGAAUCCCAGUGAUAAAGAACACGAGGUGGAGGUGCUCAAAAAGAAAGACUGUCCUCCUGGAGGUUUUCUCUGGUUGAUUCCUCUCAUCAUGUUCCUGAUGCUGUUGUUGGGUCUCUUACUGCUCUGCUGCUGGAAAUACUGCGCAUGCUGCAAGGCAUGUCUGGCUCGGCUGUGUGCCUGCUGUCCGUGCUGUGCGAUGGGUCGAAUGGUUGGAUUUAAAGAAGAUCACUACAUGCUGCGUCAGUCCUUACUGAGCUCAGAUCACUUAAACACGCCUCUGGUUCGGACCGGGCCACCCAAGAGCACAGACGUUGUGCGCUGGAAAGUAAAAGACAACGUCCACCGCGGACCGAACCACCCUCAGAACCAGAUCCAACCCAACCCCAAAGAAAUCAUCGACUUCCCUCUCUCACUGCGGCUCCACAGACCGUUUUCUGAUGAACUUUCACGUCCAGAAGCUCGCAACACUGAAAUGCUCAAACAGGAAGUGGAGGAACGUCUGAAUAACGUAUUCAGACAAAUUCCCGGCACUCAAAAAGUGCAGAAAACCAGAUUCAGGACACAGAGAAAUGCAGGAAAGAGACAGAACAACACGAUCCUGGACACGGUUCUCUCGGCUCCUCGCUCCAGCUACCCUGACAUCAUUAAACUGACAGAUAAACAGGUGCAGGCUGGGAAUUUCAGUGAUAUGAGAGUCGUGCCGGGAUACUACACUGUGGCCACGGACAGAGAGGCGACGGGGGCGGUGGAGCUGCAGGAGGGCGUGGAGUCUGUGGAUGUUCUGGUUCCACUCUUCAUCAAAGAUGAGGAUGAUGAUAAGAAACAGCUGCUGGUGGAGGCCAUCGACGUUCCGGUGGGAAUUGCCAGCAUCGGAAAGCGCUACGUCAAUAUCACAGUGAUUAAAGAGCAUGCUAAGAGCAUUCUGACCUUCCUUCAGCCCUCGUACACUUUCUCUCGGCAAGACGGCGUAGCUAACAUUCCGAUUAGCCGCGACAUCAUUGAGGAUGGUCGUACUCAGGUCACCUACAGCACCCGUGACCUCACCGCCAAGGACAAGAAGGACUAUGUUUCAGUGGAUGGAGAUCUGACGUACCAACCUGGAGAAACUCAGAAGAUGGUUCCUGUGAAGCUACUGGACCUUGGGGAAGGAGACGCCCUGUUGGAUAAACAGCCCAAACAGUUUGUGAUGGAUCUGACCAACCCACGUCAGGGCGCUAAACUCGGAAAAUACCCACGAACCACCAUCAACAUCACUGACAAGCCAGAUCCGAGUGUGAUCAUGUUCAAGAACAGCACACAGAACUUCAGUAUAUCCGACGCGCUCUACACCGUCCCUGUGAUCCGCACUCAGGGUCUGGAAAAUCCCGCCACCGUUAACUGGCGCACAAACUCCCCUCGCCUCAACAUGUCCGGCCUGGUCAAGUUUGCCCCAGGAGAGAUGGAGAAGAACAUCGUGAUCGACACUCGUACACAGCAGAUUCCCUCCAAACCAGAAACCUUCCAGCUGGAGCUGUAUGACCCGAGCACGAACAGCCUCGUCCGAGACAGGAAAACCACACUGGUCAACAUCACCGACACCAGAGCAGGAGAUUUCUUGACUAAGGCAGCUCCUCCAAGUAAAGCCUCGUCUCCCACUGGACGAAUCUUUGCUCCAACUAACAUUGAAGCUACAGCUACAGGCCCUAAAAAGAUCCGCCUUAACUGGAACCCUCAGUCUGGAGCCAAAGGAUAUAAGGUGAAGUAUUGGAUCUACGGAGAUCCUGAAGCUGACGCCCAGGUGGUGGACGUUAAAAACACUCAUGCUGAACUGAUGAAUCUCUACCCAUACUGCGAUUAUGAGAUGCGUGUUUGUUCAUACAAUGCUCAGGGAGACGGGGACUACAGUGACAUCGUGCAGUGCCAGACUCUUGAGGAUGUACCAAGUGAACCAGGUCGCCUGGCCUUCAAUGUCAUUGGCCCAACUGUCACUCAGCUGAGUUGGGCAGAACCAGCAGAGCCCAAUGGUGUGAUCACGCAGUAUGAGGUUGUCUACACACCCAUCAAUGAGGACAGCAAACCUAUGGGACCUGAGAAGAAGGUGAAGAUUGACAACCCCAAGAAGCGAAUGCUGCUUAUUGAGAACCUGCAGCCGUCACAGACCUACUGCUACAAAGUGCGUGCUAGCAACAAGGUGGGAUGGGGACCAUACAGAGAUGCCACCAUCAAUCUCGCAACCCAACCCCACAGACCCAUGUCCAUUCCCAUUAUUCCUGAUAUUCCUAUCGUGGAUGCAGAGGCGGGUGAUGAGUAUGACAGCUUUCUUAUGUACAGUAACGAAGUUCUUCGUUCGCCCACCGCCAGCACAAGACCCAGCGUGUCUGACUUGUCUGAAGGCAAGCGGUGGAAACACGUUAAGCUAGUGGGAUCAGACCUGGAUCUCCGUACAGUGUCCUGGAAACUGCCUGCUGAUGUCAUCCUCACCCGAAGUACAAGCACAAGCACUUUGGAAAGUGAUGAUCUGCUGGCUCCUGCUCAUUCCCAGACCCCUCAUCCAAGUGGUUAUUUCCAGAACCCUCUACAAGGUGGCUGUUUUGAGAACUCUGUGCAAGGUGGCCAUUUCCAGAACCUUCCACAAGACCAGAUCAUGAAUGGAAAGUGGGAUCAAGGGUUCAUAUUCCCAGGUGGUAAUGAUUCCCUGUCACGUAACAUCAGCACUUCUUCAACUAGUUACAGCCUCUCACCUCGCCCUGGUGGUGCCAACCAAUCUGUGGAGACCACUAUGACUUACAUAACCAACAAAGGAGGAUCUGUGCCUCGCAAGCAUGACAUCCACACAGAGGACGUGAUCUUGAGAAAACGGUCCGAAAACAGGACUUAUUAUGACAAUGAUGGCGUAAGAGACUCCAUCGUGAUGAGCGACUUGACUGGAGGAUUCUCUGACAGUCUGAGCGGUUCUAGCUUCAGCCAGACUACAACUACAAGCUACAGCCUGAACUCCCACGUUCACAAUCGCUCAGACGACAUCAGCGAGGCUCUGCAGAACCUGGACAGGGUUCUCCAGGAUACUCGGCUGCCACAAGGGGUCCCUGAAACCCCAAGCAGGCUGGUGUUUUCAGCUCUGGGCCCUACGGCACUGAAGGUCAGCUGGCAAGAACCCCACUGCGAAAAGCCAAUAUUAGGAUACUGUGUCCUCUACCAGCUACUCAACGGAGCUGAAAUGAAGCGCAUGGACAUCACAAACCCUGCACAGAACUCUGUGGUGGUUCAGGACCUACUGCCCAACCAGUCGUACCUGUUCAAGGUGAAAGCUCAGAGUCAGGAGGGUUGGGGUCCUGAGAGAGAGGGAGUCAUCACCAUCGAGUCUGCUGUUGACCCCCAGAGCCCCCUCAGCCCUGUGCCAGGGUGUCCGUUCACUCUGAGCACACCCAGUGCCCCAGGUCCACUGGUGUUCACUGCAUUAAGUCCAGAGACUCUCCAGCUCAGCUGGGACAAACCACGAAAACCCAAUGGCGAGAUCCUGGGCUACGCGGUCACCUGUGAACAGCUGCACGGUGGAGGAGAUCAGCGUUCCUUCCAGCUGAGCGGGAACUCGGCCACGUCUCUGACUGUUUCUGAUCUGAGUGAAAAUGUGCCAUAUAAAUUUAAAGUUCAGGCUCAAACCACACAAGGGUUUGGGCCGGAGAGAGAGGGGAUCAUCACCAUCGAGUCUCAGGAUGGUUCUAUGGGACAGUACAGCAGUCAGUCUGUGAUGAGGAGAGAGGUGUUUAAUUUGCCAUCACAGAGCACAACACAGACAACACACACCAUGUUCACUGAACCCUUCAUCACACCAGACGGUAUGAUGAUGUCGAGCAGACAGGUCACACAGCACACAGAGGUGAGCGGUAGCGUCACGCGUCAGGUGGAGAUGGUGCAGAGAGGAGUGAGCUCCACCAUCACCAAGAAACAAUAUUACGAAGCCUGAACACAGAGAUGACGCCAACCUGGUGUUCAGUACACCACACACACACACACACACACACACACACUGUACUGGCCUUAACACGAGUCGAACGGUGAGGACGACUGAAAUACAGAACCUGUGCACAGAUGAUGGCGAUAUUUCAGCUUCAGUACCGAACUGUUACAGAAACCCUGAACUCCACGUUGUGGAAGAACAUGCUGAAGUUCAGUGUCGUUACUGUGACGUAAAACAACACAGAGUAAGAAUCAGGAGAUUAUUUUCAGUAAAUUAUUGAUUAUCAGGUAUUAAGUCAAAAAUAAGUCAUUAAGCUGAAAUUACAUCUUGAAAUUAGAGGUUUUUCCACCUUACACUUCAGUGCUUCUGUAAACUGAAAAUAAAUUACAGUGAUAUGAUCUGAGAUUUUUACAACAAAUACGUUUACAGUCCAAAACCUUUACUGCAUGUAAACUGAGUGUUCUGUGUUUUAGUCAACGCGUUUCUUCAGCCGUCUCAUCGAUCUGGCCUCCGAUGUUUGUGUUAUUUUCUGGGGUUUUUAUUUGUUUUUAUCUCCUUUUUAUGUUAUGUUGCUUAAUAUGAUGAAUUAUUAAUUAAACAUUUUAAGUUAACUGUCAACGAAAACAUUUCCUCUCAGAAAAACAUUGGAGAUUAAAAAAAUAAAACAGAUCCGCAGCGCCAUCUACUGGGCCUUUUACUGUACAGACCAAUCAGAGACCAGAGUUUCAUCACGUGACUGUUUUAAUUUGGGGGCGCUAUUCAACAUGCACCUUGUAAAAAGCACUUUUAAAAAUAUAAUUUAUAGGAGUCAGUCAGUAAAGUUAUUAUAAUAAAAUAAUAAUGAAAUGAUUUGACCAUUUUUAAAAUGUAUUUAGUUACAUUAGCAACAUGCUAACAGCUAACCACCAAGCUCUAGCUAGUUAACCUUAGCGUGUUAGCCAGUUUACUGAUGAGUCAUUACACAGCACCAUUUAUUUAUUUCUCAUUAAAUUAUGUUGUUGAUCUUCCCUGAGAGACGCGAGUCCAAAAUAAACUUGUCUUUAUUCUCAUAAUUUUGAUCAUUCAUUCAAACUGCCCAACUGGAGCGAGUUAGCAUGUUAGCCUGUUAGCGUAGCUAGCUCAUUGAAAUCAUGAAUUUGUUCAUUUUUUAUUUUAUCUUUGAGAACUGAAAGUUUUUCAGCACAACCUGCUGCUGAUGUGAAUUGAAAAGUUUUCAGUGAGAUUUCUGAGCUACAGCAGGAUUUUCUCCCAGAUGACGACUUUCCCCACACAAAAUCUGUUUUAUUUUAACUUUAUUUCAUUUUAUUGUUUGCAUGUUUAUUUUUUUACUGUCCAUUUUCUUCAUCUAACAAACAUCUUGAGUCUCGAUGACAUUAAAACAGUUAUAUAUGGAUUAAAAUACAGUUUAUUUUUUGCA